GCGGCACUCAGCCGCGCCCAACGCCAUGGUGGGGGGCGGCUCUGGGGUGGCCGGAGCCUGUCCCAGUGCCGUCGCCGGCACGCAAGCUGGAAAACAUCUUCCAGAGCCAUAGCAGACAGCAGCUGCCAGAGCGUGGCGGGGACAGGGAGGGGGACAGCCGGUGAAGCGGGGCAGUCGUCCGGGUGUGUGCGCUCAGCAGUGGCCGGUCACCCCAGCUCAUCCCCAGUGGCACGGAGCGGGCGAAGAUGCCAGGAGGGAACAUGCUGGCGCUGGCGCUGGCCCUGCGGCUGCUCCUGCCUUGCACCGGGCAGCAUCAUCAGGAGGAGGCUGAGCGCAUCAUGGCGAUCACGCCGGUCAUCGACGGGCACAACGACCUGCCCUGGCAGCUCCUCAAGAGGUUCAACAACCAGCUGAAGCUGCCAGAGGCCAACCUGACACUGCUGGAGGGCACCCACACCAACAUCCCCAAGCUGCGCAGCGGGCACGUGGGUGGGCAGUUCUGGUCGGCGUACGUGCCCUGCGACACACAGAACAAGGAUGCGGUGAAGCGCACGCUGGAGCAGAUCGAUGUGGUGCACCGCAUGUGCGAGCUCUAUCCUGAGACCUUCGCCUGUGUCGUGGACAGCGAUGGCAUCCAGCAGGCUUUCCAGAACAACAAGGUGGCCAGUCUCAUCGGGGUGGAGGGCGGACACUCCAUUGACAGCAGCCUGGGUGUCCUGCGCACCUUCUACCACCUGGGCGUCCGCUACAUGACCCUCACCCACAGCUGCAACACCCCCUGGGCUGACAACUGGCUGGUGGACACUGGGGAUGACCCACUUGUGCACCACGGCCUCUCGCCCUUUGGCAAGAUGGUGCUGGAGGAGAUGAACCGCCUGGGCAUGAUCGUGGACCUGGCCCAUGUCUCAGUGGACACCAUGAAGGUGGUGCUGAACAUCUCCAAAGCCCCCGUCAUCUUCAGCCACUCGUCCGCCUACAGCCUCUGCCAACACCGCCGCAACGUGCCCGACGACGUGCUGAGGAUGGUGGCCUCCACAGGCAGCCUGGUGAUGGUCAACUUCUACAACGCGUACGUGACGUGCGGGGACACGGCCACACUGUACGAUGUCGCAGACCACAUGGACUACGUGAAGAAUGUGGCCGGUGCCCAGUCCGUUGGCUUUGGUGGGGACUACGAUGGGGUCCCAGGGGUCCCCACCGGCCUGGAGGACGUCUCCAAGUACCCGGCACUGGUGGCUGAGCUGCUGGCGAGGAACUGGACAGAAGCCGAGGUGAGAGGAGCCCUGGCCGAAAACCUGAUCCGUGUCUUCAGGAAGGUGGAGGAGGUGAAGGUGGCCCUGCAGGGCACGGCUCCCCUAGAGACACCCAUCGCCACCGAGGAGCUGGAGGGGACGUGCAGGACUUUCUAUGGCUACAGCAGCACCAGUGGUGCCAGCACAGGGCAGCUCGCCCCGGCAACCCUGGCACUAGUACUGCUCCGCUCCCUGUUCCCAUAGCACCCAGCCCCAGCACCAUGCCCAGCGCAACGGUGGCAGCUGGCCCGGUGCCUGCCAGGAUGGGCCUGAUGGUGCUGCCUCUUCGCACCGUGAGUGAAAUAAAGCUGUGUUUCCAGCA